GUUCUUGCUGUUGUUUCUUGGACAAAACUGAAUGCUUUCAGUGCUGUUCUCUUUGAGAUUUUAAAUAACCACUUGCACAAUGUCAACAUACCGAUGCAAAGAAGAAAUGCCCUUCCUAGAAAGGAGUGUAAAGGAACUUGGUUGGAUCAAGUCGAACUACUGUCUUCUUAUAGCAGGCAUCGCUGGUAUAGAUUUCGCAGAAGAGUUACUGAAAAAAUUCCCUAAAUUGAGGAUAAUAGCCACAGACAAAGAAACGCAACUGAUAGAGUCGGCUCGAUACUACAAUACUUAUGAUAAUGUUACAUAUUGCGUUGCAGAUAUCGAAAAAAGAGAGACACUGAAAUUUUGGUUUGGGACAGCACGAAAAAUACUUUCCUAUCAUAAUUUGGAAAGAGUAACUAAUGUGAAGACUGCUUUUGAAAAUUUUUACGACUUGCUAGUUCCCGGAGGGACACUUGCAGUUCGUUUCACUCCACAGAAUUGUAUUUUCAAAUGGAUAAAAGAGGUUUCCUUUAGAUGGAGGCAGUUUGUAGGUGAUUUGAAAGCAACAUCUCUUCCACAGUUAACAGAGGAGAAUUCCGAUAUUUCCUUUCAAAAUAUGCUGAGAUCUAUUGGCUUUGAGAUUUUGUAUUUCAGAAACGUAGAUGAAUGUAGACAGUUUAAAUCAGACGCCCAAUGUAAAAAAUUUCUGCUUUCUUGUUGCUUCCCACUCUUCACCACCCUUCCUGAUCGAAUGAAAAGGGGUUUUGUGGAUGAUAUGUUCCAUAGGUUUGCAAAAUACUUUACAAAAGACGAACAGGGAGUUAUAACUGUGCACUACAGAGUACGUGAAAUGUUCCUCAAGAAGCCUCAAAAACUAUUGUGAAUUAUUUUAAUGUUGAAAGAAGCAUAUUGACGAGAUCGACAUUUUAUUGUUUUUAGUGACUGUCCGGUGAUUUUAUCAAAGAAUUGCAUUAUUGCAUUAAUACAAAACUGGG